CUAUAACGAUUUUCACUGCACGCGUCCAAAUAAAAUGACGAUGUACUGCGCCGCGACGACUCCGGUGCGUUAAGUUUUUUCACUAAAAGUUAAACGGCGUGUGUGUAAAAAUCGUCGAAAUAUUAUAUCAUAUCAGCCGGCCCGGUCACGUGACCGAUUAGUUAUUUUAUUUUUUUGUUUUACGCGUGUGCGAAUUCGAGUCUCGCGGCAGUUUUCAAAUUCUCCGAACAGCAGUCCACUGCAGACAUUUAUCGACAUUACAUACAUUACAUAAUAUACGUCUAAGAUUAUAAAAUGGUAUUGUUCCGGAGUAGAAACUCAAUACGAAACGAAGAUGUUAUACCUGAUAUAUCAGCUCCAAUACUUCUAAGAAUGACAGCUAUCAGAAACAGUAUGCGUGCAGACCACCAAUUUAUUGGAGAUAAACACAGCAGUCUUUAUGGAGUACAACAAGCAGACGUGAGCUUGUGGAACAAGAACAUGGGACAAAAGUGGCGAAAGAUCCGGCGCCGGUGUUCGUCGUUCAACACGGGCACCGGCAAGGGCAAAUCGGCCGGGACGGUGGACGGGCCGCUGCUGCCGCCGUCGCCGUCGUCGUCGGACGACUCGACCGCGUCGCUGUCGCCGCCGCCGACGACCGCCGCGGCCACGGUGCAAGACAUGCUGCGCGCCCGACUGAACAUGCUCAACAUCGGCCACAAGCGGCGGCCGCCGCAACCGCAGCCGUCGCGCGGCGACAACGCGCGUCCGGACAGCCUGGCCUCGGACACGUCCACGUUUUACGUGCCGUCGCCGUUGCUGCGGUCGGACGGCCGCGCCGCCGCCGCCGACGUGCAGGACGCCGCUGGCCCGUGUUCGCUGCCCGUCGCGUUCGACCUGUCCGCCGACCACCGACUGCUCCAGCCGUCGUCGUUGUGCCGCGUCGCCGAGACGCCGUCGUCGUGCGGUUCGUCCGGCCGCGGGACCGCCGACGACGGCGCCGGCAGUGACCGGUCGUCCGUGUCCUACAGCGACCACGGUUACAACAGCAUCGCCAGCACCGCGACGGCCACCGGAUACGACGCCGAUCGACACGGCUGCGGCAGACCACAUUCGUUCGUCGUCAGACGGUCCACGAACAACGCACCGCGGCGACCAACGCGUUGCAGCGGCGACGACACCGACGACGGUUACAACGACGACGACGGCGGCGGCGCCAACGACGACGACGACGACGACGACGACUAUUACAACUGCAGUCUACUGCUGCAGAACAAGCCUAAGAUGCGGUCGUGCCGGCGGUGGUCACAGGCCGACUCGCUGGCGUUGGACACGGUGCCACUGACGGCCAAAGCGUUCAGAAUCGGUGGCGCCGUAUCGACGGCCGGGCACGGCGACGGCGGUCGCCCGCGCUUCGGCGGCCCGUCGUCGCUGCAGCAGGCCUACACGCCGCCGCUGCUGCAGCAACAGUUACCCUCUCUGCAGCAACAGUUACCGUCCUUGCAGCCGCGGUCGCCAUACCCUGCACAGCAACAGUUACCGUCCCUACAGCAGCAGCAACUGUUGCCGUCCCGAUCGUCUUCGCCGCCGCCGCUGCCACCGCCGCCACUGAUGCACAAGCCACUGCCUCCGCUACCGCCGCCGCCACCGCCGCCACCGCCGCCGUCAGAGAGAACCGUCGCCGACCUUCCUGCCAUACCGGAAUCGUCGCAGUGGGACGAGCAGCGCGGACGCCUCCGCCGCCGGACGCCGGAACAGCAGCAAGCCGACAGGCUGGAAAGGAACGGUUCGACGAGGAUCAGUGGCAGGAACCCGUAUCGCACGUUCAACGGGAGGACCGCGUCACCGGCCGGCGCCACUACCCUCGGUUCCGGCGGCGGCAAUGGCGUCGUCCCGGCGGGCCAUUGUCAACGCGACAAUCUUCAGGGCGGAAAAAACGACAGCAAUUGUUUCUACACGUUGCCGCGGGGCGGCGGUAAGGAUGCGUGUUUCACAAUAAUGACGGUCAAGUUCCAAAAAGGCCCAGGCCAUAAAUGCUUGGGCUUUAGCAUCGUAGGCGGCACGGAUUCACCAAAAGGUACGAUGGGCAUCUACGUGAAAACUAUAUUUCCAAACGGACAAGCCGCCGAUACAGAAACGUUGAAAGAAGGUGACGAAAUUCUGGCGGUCAACAACAAGCCAUUGCACGGGUUAAGUCAUCGCGAAGCAAUAGCUGUGUUCAAAGAGAUCAAAUUGGGAGAAAUGGCCUUACACAUCGGUAGGAGGGUUCCGAAAAGAACUCGGGAAUCGGUCAAGUCGAUGCGAAGUCCUUGAAAAGAAGAAUAUUCAUCGAGAUUCUCAUUUCAACGGAUGGUGUUAUUAUUACUAAUGUUUAUUAUCAUUAUGUUUUGUACCUAUACCUAUAUUUUUAUUCUGAGUUAUAUACAAUGUUUCAUCGUUUAACUAA